CCUCUUUUCUAAACUGUCUGUGUUGGGGACGAUCAUUGUGGAGGGGAGUUCCAGAGGUUAACGAUGCGCUGCUAUGCGCUUUGGUCUCCGAUUCUCUGCCGAAGCCCCACGCGCACAUCACCCAGGAAUUGCAGGAGGCUCAAGCAGGCAGGUCCCCUUCGUUUUAGGAGGGUCCCUACCCUGUUAACGGAGAAAUCGGAGGGCUCCCUUGGACAAAAAACAAGGACACCAGCUGGGAAUAACAGAGCGAAACAGCAGCCAGUAGGCUUUGUCUAUAUUGAAGACUGUCGCGACAGGACUCCCACCUGCCACAAGGUGGAACAAGAUGGAAGCCCUGAACAAAAGAGCCCCCAAACUUUUCUUAGCUGUUAAAAAAGAGCUGGAGGCUUCCUUGGGGCACAGACCAAAGAUGGAAAAGCAGGAUUCUGCUGCAGCAGGAAGAGGCCUUGACACUAUCAAGAUUGGAAGCACUGAGAACUUCUGGGAAAGAAGCGUGCAGAAGAAGAUCUUGGGCGAAGGUGUUUUCCAUCCCAAAGUACAGCACCAACAGUUCAGAAACUUCAAAGAUGUCUGCUACCAGGAGGCCAAGGGACCUCGAGAGGUUUGCAGCCAACUGUGCCGUCUCUGCCAUGAGUGGCUGAAGCCAGAGCAAAACACCAAGGCUCAGAUCCUGGACCUGGUGAUCCUGGAGCAGUUCCUGGCUGUCCUCCCCCCGGAGAUGGAGAACUGGGUCAGGGAAUGUGGAGCAGAGACCAGUUCCCAGGCGGUGGCCCUGGCUGAAGGUUUCCUCCUAAGCCAGGCAGAGGAGAGGAAGCAGGCAGAGCAGCAGACCAAGGGUCUGCUUGCAGAAUUGGCUGCUGAUUCCCUGGAGGCAGAGAGGACGCCAUCAACCACUGGAGAGUAUCCCAUGCGAAACAUGCCAGAGAGUGAUGGAGGUGCCACUUUGUUGGCAGGUGAUGGAAUGAGCUUGGCAAGACCCGUUCGGCCACCUCUUCUUUCGGACGGAGGGGAAACAGCUGCUGUAACACUAGACCAGUGCCCUGUGUCCUUUGAGGAUGUGGCUGUGUUCUUUGCAGAAGAGGAGUGGUCUUUGCUGGAUCCUGACCAGAGAGCUCUGCAUAGCGAAGUCAUGGAAGACAAUUGCCUGAUGGUCACCUCUCUAGCUCACGGAAAGCACUUCCGCCGCCAUUUGGACCACACGACCCACCAAACCAUCCAUACGUCGGAGACGCCGUAUCAGUGCUUUGUGUGCGGCAGGAAGUUCAUCCAAAAGGGAAGUCUCACUGAACAUCAGAGAAUCCACACAGGGGAGAAGCCGUAUCAGUGCUCGGAGUGCGGAAAGAGCUUUGGCCAGAAGUCGCAGCUCACUUUUCACCAGAGAACUCAUUCGGGGAAGAAACCUUAUCAAUGCCCGAAGUGCGGAAAGAGCUUCGUUCACCAUUCAACCUUUUCUUGCCAUCAGAAAGUUCACUUUCGGGAGAAAUUGUAUAAAUCGGGGGCGGGCAACAUCAGGCCACUCUACCCUGCGCAUGGCACCUGCCCCACACCAGGGCCCCCCUCCCCAGCCCCUGCCCCCCCAAUGACCCUGCUGUUUCUGCCUACCUGGAAUAUGUCCUUCAACUCCAACAAUGCCCCUUGAAUGUCUGUAUCGAGGAUAGAGAAGGUGUUGAAACUGGCUGGCUGUCAUGUCUGGCAUGUCAGGCUAUGAGAAAGUUCACUGCAGAGGACUCUCUUACGCAACUGGGCCCAGGACAGAUCUCUUAAAUCAGCUUGUGGGAAGAAGGGAGCUUCAUUCCGCCUGAUUUAGGUGUGCGAGUGAUCUCUACAGGGAGCUUUUCCGUGCUUCAGAGCCCAGCGCUAAGCAGGAUUGAUCAGUCCUGCUCUCCACCCACAUAGACCAGCUUUGGACAGGUGAACAAUGACAGCAAAUGAUUGACAGGUGGGUGGGCUCGCCCACAAGUCAGAAGUUGGCUCAGGUCGGUGGGGUGAAGUGUGGAGAUAUCUGGUCCCCCAGGCAGAAAAAGGGUUCUCUACCCACUGGGGUGGGGAGCGGGUGGCGCUGUGGGUUAAACCACAGAGCCUAGGACUUGCUGAUCAGAAGGUCAGCGGUUCACUCCCGUUGCUCGGUCCCUGCUCCUGCCCACCUAGCAGUUCGAAAGCACGUCAAAGUGCAAGUAGAUAAAUAGGUACCACUCUGGUGGGAAGGUAAGCGGCAUUUCCGUGCGCUGCUCUGGUUUGCCAGAAGUGGCUUAGUCAUGCUGGCCACAUGACCCGGAAGCUGUAUGCCGGCUCCCUUGGCCAAUAAAUUGAGAUGAGUGCCGCAACCCCAGAGUCGGCCACAACUGGACCUAAUGGUCAGGGGUCCCUUUACCUUUACCUUUACCCACUGGGGUAAGUUACUGGUUUUCCUUUACCGAUUUACUAGAUACUGGCAUUUUGAGACAGCAUAUGGCAGCCAUUCUGUGAUUGGCCAUGCCCAAGAGAGCAGCCAUUUUAGAGUGGCACCCAUGUCGCUUUCUCUACGUUCCAAAGGUUGCAAAGAAAGGCGUAAGAAGAAUGGAGAGCCUGCCGUAUCGCCAGGCUCAUCCUGGAUAGCUCAGUUGGUGCUGAUAACACCAAAGUUGCAGGUUCGAGCCAUGAAUGGGGCAACUGCAUAUUCCUGCAUUGCAGGACUAGAUGAUCCUCAGGGUCCCUUCUUACCCUACAAUCCUAUGAUUUCUAUGAUUCCCUAAACUGGCAUCUAUCUACAGCUGAUCCAUCAGGCUACAGUGGAAGCAGGGCUUCUCCAUUGGAGAGCAAUUUUGGGUUCCUCUGUUUGAGCUGGUCAUUACUAUUAUUCAGUGACUAAGAAACAGCUCCUGGGCUCCCUUCUCCGAUUUCCUUCCCAUCCUGUUUCCUUUUCUGUUUUGCUCUUUGAUCGUAAGCAGAUGAUGCUCUUAUACUACUGAUAUUUGUAAGCUGGUGCUUUCAAAUGUUUCCGUGUUGCACAUCAAAAAAAUGCUUCAUUUAUCUUUAUAAAUGGAUUGCAGAGAAGAAAAUGCAUAUUGCAAUUAAAAGAAAAGAGGUGUCCUGGGUGUUGCAUGAAGACUUGAAAGGUGGGAUAGGAAUUGUGUUUUUACACACACACACACACACACACACACACACACACACAAUUCCUAUCCCAGCUUGUUGUUUAGUCGUUUAGUCGUGUCCGACUCUUCGUGACCCCAUGGACCAGAGCACGCCAGGCACUUCUGUCCUCCACUGCCUCCCGCAGUUUGGUCAGACUCAUGCUGGUCGCUUCGAGAACACUGUCCAACCAUCUCGUCCUCUGUCGUCCCCUUCUCCUUGUGCCCUCCAUCUUUCCCCACAUCAGGGUCUUUUCUAGGGAGUCUUCUCUUCUCAUGAGGUGGCCAAAGUAUUGGAGCCUCAGCUUCACGAUCUGUCCUUCCAGUGAGCACUCAGGGCUGAUUUCCUUCAGAAUGGAUACGUUUGAUCUUCUUGCAGUCCCCAGGAC